AUGGAGAGCUACGGAGAUCUGAUCAACAACAAUAAAGUCAUCUUGGAUGAUGGAAACUAUGGGUUUUGGAAGUCAAGGAUCAAAUCCAUCAUAGGAGGUAUUGAUCGUCUUGCUUGGAAGACUGUUCUAGAAAAGUGGGAGGAACCAACGAUCAAGGAUGAAUCAGGCAAGCGAAUUCCAAAACCUGAGGCAGACUGGACUGAUAACGAACAAAAGAGAUCAAAAUACAACUCAAGGGCUUUAAGUGCAAUUCAUUGCAGUGUUGGGAGAAAACAGUUUGAGUUGAUUCAAGGGUGUGAAACUGCUAAAGAAGCAUGGGAUAUCCUUCAAAUUCAUUAUGAAGGUACAACUAAAGUGCAGAGUUCAAGAAAGGAUAUGUUGGCUUCUAGAUUUGAGAAUCUAAAGAUGGAGGAACAUGAAUCGAUCUCAGAUUUUAGUUCAAAGUUGAGUGCUCUAGCACAAGAAGCCUUAACUCUUGGGAAGACGUAUAAGGAUCAAAAGUUAGUCAAAAAGUUUCUAAGGUGUCUUCCAUCUAGGUUCAUGGGAUACAAAACAGCUUUAACGGUCUCACAAGAUUUAGAUAAUCUCAGUUAUGGUGAAGUAGUAGGAAUGCUACAGGCACACGAGAUGGAACUUAAUGGGAUUAAGAAACCAAAAGGAAUAGCUCUAGCAGUAAGCAAAGACCUAUCUGAUCAAGGAGAAGAAGAUGCUGUGAGUCUGUUGGUAAGAAGAUUUGAUCGAGCUCUGAGAAGGAUAGAACAAGGUCAAGGUCAAAAGAAGAACAAUUCAUUCAAGAAGACAAGUGAAGACAAAAAGGCUGAUAUGCAGUGUCAUGAAUGGACUGGCCACACACAUGAGGAAUGUGUGAGUAACUCUAAAUUCAAGAAAGAAAAGUCUAUGAUUAGCAUUGAGAAUGAGUCAGAUAGUGAUAGCAGCAGCGAAGAAGAACUCAUUAAUUUAGUAGCUAUGGUGGGAAUCACUGAAUUUGAGAAUGGGGAAGAAGUAACUGACUCAGAAUCAGAAGGAGAAGAAGUUCUUGACAUUGUUCAGAGUUACAAAGAAGUGCGAAAUACACUUAUUUCGCUAGGAAAAGAAAAUCAAGGUUUGAUUACUGAAAAACUUCGUUUAGAAGCACUUGUUAUGUCAUUACAGAAUGAAUUGGUGGAUGAGAAAAAGCUGGCUAAAGAUUCGCUAGAUCUGAUGAAAGAGAAGUUGUUCUUAUCUGCAAAAGCAGACAAGCUUGAAGAAGAGCUACUUAAAGAAAGAAAAAAAUCUACAAAACUACAAUCUGAAUUAGAUCAACAACAUAGGAAGAUUCAUAUGUUCGCAGGAACAAAGCAGCUUGACAAAAUUUUGAGCUAUGGGAGAACUGAGAAAACUCAUAGAGGAUUGGGAUUUACUGAGAACAAGGGAGCUAAAUCACAGACAACCAAGUUCGUAUCUGCUGGAGCCUAUCAGUCUGAGAAGGAGACAUCUUAUGGUGUUUCUAAUGGAUCUUUGAGGUGUUAUUUUUGUGGGAAAAUCGGUCACUACAAACGUUUUUGUUACAAAUAUUGGCAGAAGGUCUGUACCUUAAAGCAACAAGGAAGAUUCUUCUGGAAUGGAAUUAGAAGACAAGUUUGGAUGAAGAAAGCUGACCUAUAUCAAUCGGGAUCAAUGGUAGCUUCUGGAUCUGGGUUUAGAUGCAAUAUGGCCAUGAUUACUGAAGAACAAGAAGAAACGGAACCAAUGUGCGAUAUGGCUAUGAUCACUGAAGAACAAGAAGACACGGAGCCUUGGUUCUUUGACAGCGGCUGCUCAAGACAUAUGACUGGAACCAAGAGUAAUCUACAGAAUAUUAAGAAAUUGAAAGGAGGUACAGUAACAUUUGGAGAUGGAAGUCAUGGUUUCAUAUAA